AUGCUAACGUCCUCCACGUGGCAGGAAGCCAAAUCAGGAGAGAUCGACCUCCGAGGAGACCGAGAUGCCACACAUGCCAGCGUCACGGCCGUGUUGCAGUUCCUCCUCACGGAUCACUUCGAUGCAGCAGGGGAUUUGCAGUUGGCCUUGUCUGUGCGUUCCCUGGCGGACCGCUUUUGCAUCGCGGAGCUGGGUCAAAGUGCAGAUAUGGCCCUGAAGUACAUGCUCACCGAGGAGAAUGUCCUCACUUUGCUCAGUCAACUCUUAGAUUCCGGCAGCGAAGCCGAAGAGGCCUGCUGGCAGAUGCUGGAAAACAACAAGGGCUUGCUGUUGAGACAAGAAUUGGCCCUAGAUGAGCUUGUGGUUCAACACCCCAAGCUGGCCAAGCGAUUGAUCCUGCUGGGGCAGAAAUCGCCCCGGUGCGGGAAGUUUCGGUGGUAG